AUGGCAGCACAAAUCACCAGCCAGGUUGGUUGGAUUUGUUCUCGCCCCAUCGAGUAUGCCGCCGCCAGAGCAAUGCUCGACGAAAGCUACGGUCACCCUGAGCAGCAACAUGCAGCAGACUCAAAUACCUACCACUUGGGUCGAAUGGGCAAACACUAUAUUGUAAUCACCUGCAUGCCCUCUUCCCAGCGUGGGACUGCUGCUGUUGCUGCGGCUGUUCAUCACCUGUUCCAGUCUUAUUAUAGGAUUCGGAUGGCUAUGUUGGUUGGUGUAGGGGGUGGAAUACCGUCUCAAUGGAAUGAUAUCCGCCUGGGUGAUAUUGUGGUCAGCUACCCCGACGGCAACUGCGGUGGCGUCCGUCACUUUAGUGUGGGCAGUGGGGGUCAGAUUCGGUGCUUCGGCGGACCAUUGAAUAUCCCUCCUCGAACAAUGUUGUCAGCCGUGGACAUGAUGAAAGGGCUGGCGCUCACUAAGGACCCCAGAUACCUUGAGGUCAUUCGAACCACGACCCAGGGUACGGGCCGUGUGCAGAGGACCUUCGCCCGACCUGCUCACGAUUCCUUGUUCAAAAUCGAACACGAGCACCCAACAUACGCAAGGGACUGUACAGGAUGCCCGGCCGAAUGGGAAGUGCAACGUGCUGAACGUCGGGGUCCAACUCCUAAGGCACACUACGGAAUCAUUGCUUCGGGAGAUGUCAUCAUGGAUAGCGGGCAGCUUAGAGAGGCGCUGCGUCAGAAAACGGGGGCAUUAUGCGUCGACAUGGAGGCCGCCGGAUUGUUGCAGGGCUUUCCGGGGGUCGUCAUCCGAGGUAUCAGCAAUUACGCCGAUUCGCACCAGAACGAUCAGUGGGAGGCUUUCGCUGCUCUGGCUGCGGCGUCAUAUGCGAAAGACCUGCUCUCAUAUAUGCCCUCUGAGAGGCCUAUUGCGGGGAGUUGA